GUCACCGGCUGCAGGAGAUGCUGGUUUUACUCUGCUGAGAGCAAACGUCGAGGGUCAAUCAAUGCACUGCGGAGCGGAGCAGCACGGAGGAGCCGAGACUAGGAUCGACUCCUUUAGCCAUGUUAGCUGCAACAUGUAACAAGAUAGGGAGUCCGAGCCCUUCACCCUCCGCUAUUUCGGAUAAUUCCUCGUCGUUUGGGAAAGGCUUCCACCCGUGGAAAAGAGCCACCGCGAGCAGCUGCAGCCUCGGGUCCGGCCUGUCCGGUUUCGGGGUGUCCCGCAAUGGAUCCGGCAUCACGGACUCUUUCGGGACCAACACCUCCAGCGGAUCCAGCGCUUUUUCCCUCACGUCCGGUGCUUCGCCCGGUUCGCACUUUGGAAACGAUUAUUCUGUUUUCCAAGCGUCGGUGUCGAGCAGCUCCCAGGAGUCCAGCCACCAGCCGGUCUUCAUCUCUAAGGUCCACACCGACAGUCUGCAGAGCAUCUACCCCAGGAUGACCGUGGCGCACACCUACGAGCCCUGGUUCAAGUCCUCUCACCCCGGGAUCCCCACCGGAGAGGUCGGGACCACCGGAGCGCCUACGUGGUGGGACGGAUGGAUUGAUGUUCAGAACCCUAACGGAGCAGCACUACAGACAUCCUUACAUUCCGGGGGGCUCCAGGCCUCCUUGCACUCUCCUCUGGGCGGAUAUAAUUCUGAUUACUCCAGUUUAAGUCACUCUGCUUUCAGCACGAGUCCCUCUCCUCACCUGUUGACAGCCGGCCAGCACCUGAUGGACGGCUUCAAGCCGGUCUUAUCCUCUUACCCGGACACAAGCCCCUCUCCAUUAGCAGGGGCAGGGGGGACUAUGCUCUCCGGGGGUCCACCUGCAUCUUUAGCGGGGUCCCCGAGGUCUUCUGCCCGGCGGUACUCCGGCAGAGCCACCUGCGACUGUCCAAACUGCCAGGAGGCGGAGAGACUGGGACCGGCGGGCGCCAGCCUCCGGAGGAAGGGGCUCCACAGCUGUCACAUCCCCGGCUGUGGGAAGGUUUACGGGAAAACGUCGCACCUCAAGGCGCAUUUGAGGUGGCACACCGGCGAGAGGCCGUUUGUGUGCAACUGGCUGUUUUGCGGGAAGAGGUUCACGCGCUCCGACGAGCUGCAGCGACAUUUACGCACACACACCGGCGAGAAAAGAUUCGCCUGUCCGGUGUGCAACAAGAGAUUUAUGCGGAGCGAUCACCUGAGUAAACACGUAAAGACUCACAGCGCCGGAGGAUCCGCCGGGUCCGGCUCCGGGGGCAGCGGAGGGAAGAGGGGCAGCGACACCGACAGCGAGCACAGCGCGCCGGGGAGCCCUCCGUGCCAUUCCCCCGACCUGUUGCACCCAGCGGAGUCCACCCAGGGAGUGGGCAUGAACGGCCUCUAAAGCUGCUCUCUGUGAAGUGGAAACUGUCAAACCACAGCGUGUUGUGGUGGAAUUGUCCCAGAGGACACGGCAGUGGACAUACUGAGGUGUAUGCGCAAUGCUUCACUAUGAGUGUUGUCAUUUAAUGAGAAAAUAGGCCUAUACGUUCCUUUGACUUUUUCCAAGUGUUUAAGACUACUAAUGACAUAAUUUCAUAGCUGUACCAUCAGAAACUUCUCAUUAAUACAUCUGCGGUGUGAAAGUGUAAUCAAGUAAUUGUGGGCACACUGGAACAGGCACAACUGAAACUUCUUUCUUUCUUCUUUUUUUUUUUUUUGCAUCUGAUCCCUUCCUCGAUGUUUUAUUUCCCAGGAAAGGUGAAUCAAAAGAUAUUAACACUGCUGUGAAAAAUCUCGGCCUGUAAAGUUGUGCUACUGCUGUCAUACAUAUUGUUGAAAACCAAACUCUGGCACUUUAUUAUCGAGCAGCAGAAAUUGUUCAUGUUGUCCCUGUGGAUGGACAAAUACCUGUAGAGUGUGGUGAGAUAGUCUGAUAAUGAGGAGCAGCUGGAGGUUUAUAUCACAUAUUGCUUUUCACUCCACAGCCUACAGUCCGUGUGCAGUUUGUA